CACCGACGAGAUCAUGUCGUUGCUGUUGAUCGGCUCGGAAUAUGAUGUGCUGGGUUUGGCAUUCCGGCUGCUGCUCGAGUGUCUGCUCCACUUCUGCUUAGCCUACGAGCCGGUUUUUUACCAGUUGAAGGGGGUUUUAGCAAUACCGUUAAAGUGGAUCCACAUGAUUGCGCAGAGCCAAACGGUUUUUGCGGAGGCGAUUGCGAGCUUUUAUGAACCGGUACAACAACUACUGCAUUUGAAACGCUUUUUUUGCUUUGUUUACGCAUGACAAAUCACACUCCGGCUCGAGUGCUUGCACCGCAAAUUCAAAUCGAAAAAUCAAUGCAAACGAAACUAUCAGACUCUCCUCGCCGUCCGUCUAACGACCUUCACCCUGUACUUCCACAACCGGCGGAAUGACGAAUACCGACGGGCUUUCAACGCGAUGAACGGUUAUGAGAUUUCUCUCCGCGGCAUCAUGUACUUGAAAGAGUCCGACGACGUCGUACGAACAGCGAAAGCUUUAACCAUCGAGCAGCAGUUGGUCGACAGCGACAAAGACGGGAAUCUCGCGAAAGAGUACAAAGAAUCCACGAAUUUCGUCCAGGAGCAGUCUAGAAAUGCCAUCGCGAGACUACACCGGAAGGGGUUGCUCUUAACGGAGUUACUGACGCUCUUGUCCAACGGGAUUCUCUACGCGCGUGGGAUCCCAAAAUCGCAGAUGAGCCAGCAUUCGAUCCAGGAAAUCGUUUUGAUCUCCACCGCCUACACGAACGAACCGCAACUCUGCGCGCAAGUGGCGAGGUUUUUGUCGAUUUGCUGUUUCUUAAUCUUCGUCAGACGCAGGGAGCUGAAAGACACGUUCGAGUUCAACCGGUUAGAUUACGCGAAGUUCCAAGUUUCCUGGCAUCUCGGGAUGAGAACCAAGAAAUUCCUCGAGAACGUCAUGCUGGGGAUCACCACAUCCUACGAGAAGAUGAAGGACGGGGGGAAGUUUAUUGUGAGGAAAAAUCCCCCCUCCCCAUAUCGAAAGCGAAAUUUGUGUUGCUGUAUUUGAGUACACAAAUCGCAUUUGUCUUGCUGGAGAGGACUGCAGACCCAUAUCAAGCCUGAGUAGAGAGGCUUUGACUUUGGCGCUUAGCAUGAGAAGCGUCCGUGAUGUUGGCUCAACAGCAUGACAAACCGCCUCCAUAAUGGGACGGAAGCUGCUGCCUUUGUCUUCUUGCAACACAAACGUGAUUUGUGACCUCAAAUCAGCAACACAAAUUCUCGAGACCUCACCUCUUCAAUAUGGGGAGGGGGGAUUUUUCCUUGCGAUAAAGUUUGAUUCCGAUUCUGACUACGAGUCUUUGAGUUCCGAAGACGAGUAUGACAGUGCCUAACUCCCCCUCCCCCUCAUUUGUCAUGCAAAAUACCCAAUCCACCCUUUGCCUCUUCACACUGUUUGCAUGACAAGUUCUGGUAGCCCAAAUCUCACCGUACUCCACUGCAAAUUUGUCAUGCAAGACCGGCAUUUUUGCUGAUGCUUGUAUUGCCGUUCAUGCUAUACAAAUGAGGGCGGGGAGGGGGAGUUGUGCACUGUUAUAACGAGUCGCCAAUCUGCAGAAGGGACCCAGUCGGGCUGAACAAAUUGGUGAAGUUAGAUCCGGUGUUGAUGCUGCACCAGGCGGAAUUGUUGGUUUCUUCCUGCCAGUUGAAACAGUCGACGGAAGAGGGAACUGCCGUGAAGUGUCAGGAGCAUUUGAAGCACUUGUUUCAAACGGUCGGGAAAAUUAAAACCUGCUACGAUUUCAACGACCAAGUCGAGCACAAGCCGCCGUUCAUGAUUCCGCAGGAGUUGGAGCACCAUGUGCCGCAUUUGGUCUUCCAUCCAAUCGUCUACGUCGAUGAGAAAGAUCACGCCGGGGAUACGUCGAAGACGGAUUUGAACGGAACUUUUUCUUUACCGAUGCUAUAUGAAAUGCAAAAAUGUCUGGGUCUGGAAGAGUCAUGCUGUUUUUGCAUGACACAGAGGGGGCUGGCAUGGGAGCUCUAGCAUCACAGGUUUCGAGUAGCUUUCGCAAUGCCGAAUCCGCAUAGCAAAGCGCCCAUUUUGGUGACAGAAAGUCGGCAGCUUCUGCUACCGAUGCAUGAGAGAUUUUUCUGUGUCCUGAAAUGUGCAUCACAGGUUUGCAUUCUUCCAGACCCAGGCAUAUGUGCAAUCCAUAUGCUAGUAUCGAAAACCAUUUUCACGGAUACCGUGGCCGGGUUGGACUUGAAGGAGUCGGAAGCGGUGAAACGGGUGCCGAUUUUUCCGAUUUUGGCUUCUUCUGGCCUGCCGUGUGUGUUGUUGAACCCGCACAACGGGCAGGCGUUGUUACCAUCCUUACCAGAUGAAGACGGGACGAUGAAAACGCCGAUCAUACCUUUAGAUAAAGCGAAAACGAUGCCGAUGUUGGAACGGAUCGACAGCGAAAUCCACCCGGAGCAUUAUGCAUUGCAAAAGUACUUAUAUAUAAAAGUAUCGCACUAGUAUGAACGGCAUGACAAGUUUUCUCAGGAACAAAAUUAAUUGGAAUUUGUCAUGCAGAUUCAGCGAGGAAACCACAUUUGUCAUGCGUGAUCGCAGUUUAGUACAAAUACCUACGAUAGUACUUUUGCAAUGCAUAGCCACUCGAUCCACGCGAUGUUCGUGAAGCCGAACGGGCAGCCGAUUUUGGACCGGAAAGUGGAUUUGAUAUGCACUGCAAAAGUAUUGUACUCGUACUAAUUGCAGUUAUGCAUUACAAAUUUCUUCUUCAAGCUAAAUCAGCAUGACAAAUUCCAUUUGUCAUGCUCAGCUAAUUUGUAUUGCAAUACUUCUACGAGUGCGAUACUUCUGUAGUGCAUAUUUGAAGAAAGUGGACAAAUCGAAAAUCGAUUUUUUAGGAAAAACCCGACCGGUGAUGCGGGUUACGGGGGAGACGUUAGGGGAGGAGGCGCGGGAUGUGUUUGCGCAGUUUUACUCUACGAGGAAGUUUGUGAAGGAGAUGCUGAGCAUCGACGUGCCGGAAGAGAUUGCGGAGGUGCACGCUGUGUUGCAGAACCAGCACGAACAGCGGAUCAUGGUCCAGGAACACGAGGAACGGAUAAACCAGAUGCACCAGCAAGCGGCGCAGUACCAGGCUGCCGGUGGUCCUGCUGCUGGGAAAGGAAAGGCGAAAGCGAAGGGGAAACCGAAGGGGAAAGCGAAAGCGCCGAGAUUGAGGUACCCGAGUCCGCCGGGAAGCAGUUCUGAUGGAGAGCGGGAUUGUGAAGUUUCUGUUGCUGAACAGCUUGAUGACAAUGCGGAGGAAGUGGACGGACUCCUUCCGAGCAGCGGCUCUCCAUCCCAGGCAGAAGACGAAGGAGCUCCAGAACGUGACCAGGAACAAGACGAGCUGGAAACUGCUCCGACAGAAAGGAAACAAACUUCGACUUCCACUAUGCCGAAUCCCUUCCUCUUCUUCCCAGAAAAGAAGCGCAAAAAGCGUUCCAGCAGUUCCUCCAGCAGCAGCAGCUCAUCUUCCGAUGACAAUCGGAAGAAGAAAAAGAAGAAAAAGUCCUCCUCUUCCAAGAAAUCGAAAAAAUCCGACCCGAAGUCCGUCGCGAAGCAAAUUCUCGACUACCACAACGAACUCUCCGCCGACGGCAUUCCGAAAGUAGACCCGAAGCAGUUGAAAACUCUCCCGGAGUUAGUGACGUCAAUCUUAAACCAACCACCGGACGAUCUACUUCAGCCGAGAAUCGGCCCCAUGCUAGACGAACGGGACGACACGAAGCUUCCGAGGAACACAAGACUCAGGUUGUUGACCGUGAACGAAUCCGAGGACUUUGCUUUGGUUGAGGCAACAGCGACUUUGAGCUUCAUUUUAGAGCAGAACAGACGCAGGAAAUUGAAAGUCAAACUCCGCGGAAACCGGAAAUCCACACAGCAUUGGACGCACUCCGACACGGAACCGGGCUAUUUCGUCCGGUUGUUGGAAAGGAGAUUGCAGUUGUUGAAGCAGGGGAGGCAGCUACAUCGUGUUUCCCACGGAGGGUAUCAACGGGAUUACUUCGAUGAUGAAGAGGAUAUCAUGCUCCAAACCGGUAUCCAGGAAAAAACAACCAUCCUUCCCCAUCCAUUUUAUGCAUGACAAACACAGGACUUCAUACAUGUUUUGCAUGACAAACUGGACGGGGAUGGUUGUUUUUUUGUGGAUAACCGGGUUGAACAUCCCGGAUCCGAAGCGGGAGAACCCAGAUUUACUGUAUGCAAUACAAAAGUAUCGUACUAGGACAAACCGCAUGACAAAUUUUCUCCAGAAGGAAAUUCACAAAUUUGUGAUGCAAAAAUACAUGGAGAACACUAGAUCUGUCAUGCAUGAUUGCCAGAGCGAUUAGUACGAGUGAGAUACUUGUUUUGCACUGCAUACGCUGAACCAAGUUUCCAAAGCCGCGGACAAAGCCACUUCCGCAGCUUCUUCUGUCGGGAAACAAGCUAUCACCGCAUUAACGAAUCUUUUCGGUUUUGGAGAUGACGUUGAUGACGAUGAGGUAAACAACUUAGGCGAAGAACCCAACGGCGUUUACCGGCCAGAAAUUUCCAACAACACGGGGUAUAACAUGCUGGAUGUGCAGGAACAAGGGCCGGCUUCCAGGCUGGAGAAGAAGUUGGACAAGUUGAUCACGGUGUUUGAGCAGUCGGAGAAGAAAAUGAGCAAAAAGACGAAGAAAAUCAUGAAAAUAUGAACUGCAAAAGUAUCGUACUAGUAUAAAUUGCAAUACAAAUUUCCCCAGCAUGAGAAAUGGAAUUUGUCAUGCGGAUGUGCCUCGAGAAAAAAAUUUGUAAUGCAUGAAUGGGAUUACUACGAGUACGAUACUUUUGCACAGGAUAGAAAACGGGGAUGGAUGAUUUGAACAAAAAUUUCCACACGGAAUUCAACGAGAAAAUCUUGUUACUGCAGAAGGAGACAGCGUAUCCACAGUAAAUUUGCCGUACACGUACAACAAAUGCGGUUUCUGCAUGACAAAACUCUCCUUCAAUCCUAUUCAGCAUGACAAGUCGUGGUGUGCUGUAAGUUGCUGAAAUUUGUCAUGCAUUCUGUACGUCGUCGUGUACGGGAAAUUUGUAUUGCAUACAGUGCCAUCAAGGAAAAGUGAAGGAGUUCACGCCGACGCCUUACCGGUUUCCUUCCCCCCCGGCCACAACAUCGGGCUGAAUGUCGGGAUGGAGAGUAUUGGGUCGUUUGGCGGCGCCGGAGGGGGAAAAAAUAACGCGGGGAUUGGGGCGAGUUUGCUGAGUUCCAGUGUGCAAGCAGCGGAAGAAGAAGAAGAAGUCGACGAGCAGGAAUUUCCGGUGACGCCCGACGGGAUUGCGGUGGCGGUGGACGAGAACGGGAACAUAGUACAACCAAUCGGGCAUAUUCGACCAGACGACGGGGCGGUCGUCGCGUUUGAAAACACUUCUAUUGUGAUUGGGCGGGCGGAGCAGGGGGAGGAUGGACAGAUUAAGGCGGUUGUCGAUAUGAAGAAGUUCCACGCGGCGAAUGCUGGUGGUAGUGCAGGAGCGGGAGGACCGGCUGGUGCACAAGCGCCAACUGGACAAAAUCAACACGGAAGUGGUGGGAAGAAAGGCGGAAAGGGGGCAGGGAAGAAGGGGAAAAAGAAGUGAUAGGAUUUUGAAAAUUGCUCGUGCGGUCCCUGUCUCUCACAAUCACACCUGCAAUUCACAAAUGAAAAUAAACUACUUAUUGCGCACUUUGCUGAUAUGCACAAACACGACGCACCCGAAAAAUGCCAACUACAAAGGCGCAACAC